AUGGAUGUUCCUGAAACAGACCUGGUGGCAACACAGGAGUUUAAUGGUGGCAUCAUCUUCGUCAGCUAUGUCAUCUCCGUUGUCGGCGCACAAACAACACUUGAACUGCUAUCCAGGCGAACUCACAUUCGCGGCAUCCACAACUGGUUUCUACUAGGUGCUUCAGCCGUGUCAAUGGGAGGCGUAGCAAUAUGGUCUAUGCAUUUUAUUGGAAACAACAGUUUGACGCUACAACACAAUGGAAACGACUAUCACCUUAAUUACAGUGCCGGAUUCACUUUUGCAAGUUUAGUUGUAGCAAUCGCCUGUAUGUUUAUUGCGUUUGCGUUUGUCGGCAUCACCGAAGAAGCCAAGAUUGUUCGAAUCAUACCAAGUGGCACAAUUGCUGGUAUAGGAAUUGCUGUCAUGCACUAUCUCGGUCAAUUCGCGAUCGACUUCUUUCUUCUAACAUACAAAAUUGAGUAUAUUGCGGGCGCCGUUAUCAUCGCAUGUGCUGCAGUAAACGUUGCGUUGUACAUCUUUUUUAAGCUUCGAGAAAAUUGGACGAAUCAGUGGUACAAACGGCUUGGAUCGGCUAUGCUCAUGGGCCUUGCUGUGUGUGGCAUGCAUUACACUGCCCUGGCAGGCACAGAGUAUCGGUUACCUUCCAACCACACCCCGCCUACGCCAGCGCUUAGUCGCGCUGCUUUGAUUGGUAUUAUAUCCGCCAUCGUCGUUGUAGCCUGUGUGCUACUUCUCUAUAUUGCGGUGAAAUGGGGGGUUGCUCAUUUGCCUAGUGCGGCACCAGCUAAGAGUCAGCGCCUUUUUCUCGAUGUGGUGUUCUUCGAUAAAAACGGUCGAAUUAUGGUCAAUCUGGAUGGCACAGUGCCCACAAGGGAAGUUUUGAGUGACAUCCAUUCCAAUGGUUCGAGCAUGGAGUUUACAGCCAGCCAUCCGCUUUUUCUUCGGUUAUUCGAUGUCACAACCAAAUGGGCUAGACGUGCCUCCUUUAGUGACAGGCCAUCCGAGCAAUCAUCUACUCGAACCAGUGAUCCUCAUGAUGUCGUCGAAAGUCUAUUCCUGGACGCUGCUCGCGACCUUGCGUACGAGCUACGCUUGCCGACUUUGGCGGAAUUGGGCACCAUGUUCGACGACGUAAUCAGAACAAAUACUAUUGCAAAGCCGCGCAGCGGAUUUUGGAAUCGCCGAAAGUCCAAGAGUCCCAGUAAAUCAGACGGCAGCAGCAUGAUGCUUCACGGCUCCGCCAAGUCGAUCGAUAUGGAUACCAGCAAAAAUCACACCAACGAUAACAACAACAAAAAGAGCAAGCGGUUUAGUAAAACAUUCCAAAUGGAUAAAAAGUCACCAUUGAAGCGACUUCCUAGCGACCUUUACUUAUCGAAUUUUGACAAUGCUACCAUUCUGGAAGAAGGCGCAACCCACGGUGACGUUCAAGAAAUUAGUCAGACAUCGCUAUCUACUUCCGCUGCUCGGGAACAACAGAACAAUGGGAGCAAUAGAGAUUAUGAUUCGUCGCACAGGGAGAUUAGUCGCCCAACAUCAGCUACGACCGAACGAUUGUCAUCUCAAGACGAUGUCCACUUGGAAGAUCGCCACAUUUUCAUCGUUAAGCGCAUCGACAAGAGAGAACUUGCUCGACUACUAGCAUGUGGUUACCGUUUUGCUGAAGCGACUUUUAUUUCGCGAACAAUGGGCGACCAUUUACGUAUUCCAGCGGACCACAUGGCUAGUCAUUUCAACGACAUGCGAUCCAUGGCCUUGACAGUAUCAAUGCUUAUUCAACAGCAGCAUGCUCAGCAGCAGCAGGGCCAACAACUGCCACCUCGACAGGCUAUUCACUCCUCCACACACGGAACUUCAUCACCUCGUUCUCCGUCGAUCUCAGAGAGUGCCUCCGCAGCUUCAAUAUCGUCAGACAGUGAUCCGAUCCCAGAGAGUGCCACUCGUGGUGCCGUGUAUUUGGGACUUUCGGUCCUCAUUCAAGAAGACAAGGAAGAUAACCCUCACAACAUUCACAUCAUUGUGGACAAGAAACGGAGACACGCAUUCCCCAUGGUACAGCUCAAGUACGACAACGAUGAGGUCCCAGUUGCACUUGCACCUGAAGAACGAAACUGUGUGCUCAGCUUACACGGCCAAUCAUUACAGAACAUGUGUGCGCUCGAGUCGCAUAUCCAAUUACCGCGAGAAAGUGGAAGCACAUUGUUGGGAAGACAAUCGACAGAUUGGGCAACAGCUAGUGAUGCUACAUCUACACUUGUUAGCUCUGGUGCAUCACCACCCGACUUUGGCGGCGUCUCUCCAAUAUCCAGCUCCAACGUGUUCUCACCUGUGUCGCCAACUAGCACUCGCGGUGCAACAUUAACGACACGUUUCACUCGAGCACUCGAACUGUCUUGUCGCCAACUAAUGGAAAUGUCGAACUACGGCAAACCAUUGGCAAGCGUCGCAAAACUGUAUGGCGAAGUUGUCGAUAUUCCACCCUUUGGAUUGACUUUGGGACCAUGCCAAUUGAUCUUAUUCCGUGCCUGGGUUACCAUUCCAGGAACCAUUUCAGCAAUCAAUCAAACGCUUACUGAAAACGUCAAAUGCCUCCCACUACCUUUGUAUCGCAGUCUUGCUUAUCAUAUUACAGACCAGGCUGUUGCCCGAUACCGAGCAGUGACCGUGCGUAGCGUUCCUGAAUCAACAUACUUGGUACAACAACGCGUAUACCAGUCAACUGCUGCAGUCUCAGCGCCCUCAGCUGUAGCAUCGAAAGCCGUCCCUCCACCCGCACCAUCAACGCGUAACUACGGCAACAAUAAACAGUGCAACCGAAAUUAUGAUAACAGCAAUAACAACAACCUCAACAAUAGCGAUAGCAGCGGUAGCUCGCCCACCAUUGUCACCUCACAGUUACAAAAGAAUGACGCUGACGACAAUAGCAAAUCCCUUACAUCCCCAACAACACCCUUACCGCCACCAUCGCAACCGCCACCAGAUCCACCGUCACAUGAUUCUAAUCGCACGAGUGUACUUGCACCGCUUCCCUCAUUACCACCUCCACCGAGAACACGACGACCAAAACUCCAAUUCCCCGCUGCAUCGGGUCUAUCCUUGCUCAGCCUGGAGUCAUUAGCAGAUAAGCGUGCUGCUACUCAGAACUUUUCUCCGGUAGCACCCAUCGAAUUACCUACCAUUCUCACUAUUUUACCCACUCAAGACCGUUUCUGGUGGCUCAACAACAUGAUUGAUGAAAUCAUGCACGGCUACUAA